ACAGAUUCGGCAGAAAGUUUCGAACAGAUAUUCCUAUGAGAAGCGAAUGGAAAAACGGUAGACCGUACAGAUUCAAUGGCUGGAACACAUGGUUUACUGACGGAAGUAAGGACGACAAGGGAGAAACAGGCUGUGCCUGGGUCUCCGAUGGACUGACAAAUGAUAGCCAAGCGGCAAUCAAAACGAUGGAAAAAUCAUGCUAUAAAUCCGUGAUAGCACUGGAAUGCUUCGACCGACUAAAUGAAUUAGCAUCGGUAAACAAAAGGGUGGUCUUAUGCUGGUGCCCAGGUCAUAGAGGAAUACCGGGUAACGAAGAAGCAGACAGAUUGGCAAAAAUUAUAGUAGAAGAGAAAAGACCGGGAUUAGAACCCUGGUUGCCGGUACCAUAUGCAGACUUUAAAAGUUGAAUUGAAAAGAUUCUCGCUUGC